AUGCCAGGUUCUGACACCAGCACUGACGCGCCGGGACAUACGCCUCCCGCUCCUGCGCUGAGGGGCAUCACCAAGGUGUUUCGACGCGGCCUCCAUCCGGGAGAACGAGCCCAGGUCGAAUCGCUGCUGCUGCCGGCAGGGGAGAGCGAGCUACGGCACGCAGCGUGUCAGGAGUUCCGAUGGGCCUUGGAAAGCGGUGGCCGGGCCAGAGGGGAAACGAUCGAUCUCCCAGCAGCGCUAACGGUGGCUUGCACUGGCAACGGAGGCCUGGCAGAGAACAGUCCGUCGUGCUACGGUGGCCAAUUCCUUGUGGAGAAAUUCUCGCUCCAUGUGCUGAGCUAUGACGGCUCUACGGGCAUUGUCGACAUGAAGGCGGAAGGUCCCCAGUCGGCCGAGUGUGAUGGCGCAGAGUUCCAGAGUGACGACAACAUGAUCACCAUCGAGAACGAUCAGGGAUGUGGCUUGAGCAACUACGAGUACACCGUGAGGUACUGCCCGGAUCAGGACCAUGUCAUCGUAAACCUGGUGAAGCCCUACAACGCGCGCGUUGUCUUGCAGAGCCAGACCUGCCCUAGCGCCGGUGAGGUCUGA